GGACAUCAAGAGCAAGAAUGUGCUGCUGAAAAACAACCUGACAGCUUGCAUUGCUGAUUUCGGGCUAGCUUUAAAGUUUGAAGCUGGGAAGUCUGCAGGAGACACCCACGGACAGGUCGGCACACGCAGGUACAUGGCUCCAGAGGUCCUAGAAGGUGCUAUCAACUUCCAAAGGGAUGCAUUCCUGAGGAUAGACAUGUAUGCCAUGGGACUGGUCCUCUGGGAGCUGGCGUCGCGCUGCACUGCGGCUGAUGGCCCCGUGGACGAGUACAUGCUGCCAUUUGAAGAGGAGAUUGGCCAACAUCCCUCCCUCGAGGACAUGCAGGAAGUUGUAGUUCAUAAAAAGAAGAGACCUGUCCUGAGAGAGUGUUGGCAGAAACAUUCUGGCAUGGCGAUGCUGUGCGAGACCAUCGAGGAGUGCUGGGAUCACGACGCCGAGGCCAGGCUGUCCGCGGGGUGUGUGGAGGAGAGGAUCAUCCAGAUGCAAAAACUCACUAACAUUAUAACCACAGAGGACAUCGUGACUGUGGUCACAAUGGUGACAAACGUUGACUUUCCUCCCAAAGAAUCCAGUCUAUGAUAGUUGCACUGGUCGUGGAACUGACCACAGGACUCUCCACUGGAGCUGCUCUGGCGCGGCCGUCGGUGCCGGUCUGGGUGACCCGAACGGUAAGUCUCUCUGGAACAUCAGCAAGAGGUGUUGAUCCUUUGUUUGCCCUUUGUCCCCAACGUGGAUCCAUGAGACUUUCAGCAUUCCCUGCUUACACCUGAAGGACAUCUGACUGAGAACCCCUAACGUGCAUUAAGGAACUUUAGCUGAAGAACACAGACCUGUCCGGGCUAACGAGCGUGCGAAACACUGACAUCCGAUGGCUUAAACUCCCUAUCAGAAGAGACUAAUUCCUUAAAUGAACUACUGUUAUUUUUUUUAAAUCAAAACAUUUCAUUUCAGAUUUAAAAAAAA